UGGAAUGUAUAACUUUUCGUAAGCCAUAAAACUUAACGAAACAGUUUGUUAAAGUUUAUUUUUAAUUCAACAUGAAAUUUAUUCAUAUUUUAUCACUACUUCUGGUCGCUUUGGUGGCUUAUACAUCGGCCCAAAACUGUCCUGGUAGUCCACGUAAUCCCUCAUGUAGUGGUCAACGUAAUAUUGGACGUCGUUGUCGUGGCUGUAGACGUACUGUUAUGUGGUGGUAUGAUCCUCGUACUAACCAAUGUCGUGAUAUACUCUAUUUGGGUUCUCGCGGUAAUGACAAUCGCUGGUGUUCUCGACAAAUUUGUGAACAGAGAUGUCGUCGUCGUUAAAUAUAUGAAAUGUUAUUUGUUGAUUUAAUUUUCAAAUAAAGAAUAAUGAAUGUUUCUUCUACUGCAAU